UUCAGAGACUUUGGCUAGAUGCAUGAUUGGUUAAAAUAAUUAAUUGUUUAUAUGGAAAAUUUUAUUUAUUCUUUUAGCUAUCGGUCCACGGGUGACGUGGUAGUCCAUUCCUUUCUACUCCAACACAACGUGUGCUCGAAGGAGGAUAUUUCCGUACCUUCACGUAUUUCAUCUCGCUCUACGAAACGGAAACCCCGUGAGCCGCUCUAGACCAAAACCCUAACGAUCCGUUCCCGGCGCCCAUGGGCGAGCCCGAGGCAAAUGACCAAACCGCCCCCGCGGAGGCGGCGCCGCCGCUCUCGAAGAGCGCGCGGAAGCGGCUUCUGAAGCAGCAGCGGCUCGAGGAGCGCAAGGCGCAGCGCAAGGCGGCGGAGAAGGAGCGGCGCCGCCGAGAUCUGGAGCGGCGCCGCGGCGAGUGGGAGGAGAAGCUCGCCGGCGCCGCCACGGAGGAGGAGAGGGCGAGGAUGGUGGAGUCGCGUAAGGAGACGAGGAGGGAGCGCAUGGAGAAGAGGUCCGAGGAGCGCGCGAUGAGGAUCGAGCGGCUGAGGGGGGCCGCCGAGGUGGGGCAGAAGCUCGUGAUCGAUCUCGAUUUCGCCGAUCUCAUGGCCUCCAAGGAGAUCCACAGCCUUGUCCAGCAGAUUAUAUAUUGUUAUGCAGUUAACGGGCGAUGCGCAUCACCGUCUCAUCUUUGGUUGACCGGAUGUCAAGGAGAGAUGGACAACCAAUUACAAAGAAUCCCAGGAUAUGAUAAGUGGAUUAUUGAAAAGGAGAAGAAAUCCUAUAUUGAAGCCUUUCAGGACCGCAAAGAGGAUCUUGUCUAUCUAACAGCAGAUGCGGAGACUGUACUUGAUGAUCUUGAUUUGAAGAAAAUUUACAUCAUUGGCGGGUUAGUUGAUCGGAACAGGUGGAAAGGGAUAACGAUGAAGAAAGCAAAUGACCAGGGGAUUCAAUCUGCAAAACUGCCGAUUGCAAAUUACUUGAAGAUGUCAAGUUCUCAGGUUCUAACAGUUAACCAAGUGUUUGAGAUUCUGCUUAAGUUUUGGGAAACAAGAGACUGGAAAACCGCUUUCUUUCAGGUGAUUCCACAAAGAAAAAGAGGUGAACUUGAGGGAGAAAUUGAAGCACCUGAAGACAAUGCACCUGAGGAUGCUGCAGACGUAGUAAGUGGCAGUGAAGAUGGUGCGGAAACUGAUCUUGAAGAUGGUGGUGAAAGAAAAAAGCAACGUACCAGAGAAGCCGAAACUUUAGAAGUUGAAGAGGGGGAUUCCGACAUUGCUGAAGCUGCUGCAAUAACUCAUGAAGAUAAAGAAGCAGAUGAUGAAGUGACAAAGCAGAGAGAACCUACUAACUGAAUGGGUGAGUAAUUAUCAUCAAAAUGUAUUAUUCAUCGCCGUAAAAAAAUUUUGUUGUUAUGGAUGUAAAUGAUGUUGCUCUGAGUGUCUAACCUUGCUUUAGCAUCCAAAUGAUUGUGCAUGGUUUAGUUGGAGAAUUGUGGAAAGAGUAAUCCUUGCCGAAUUACUCCGUUACUCUUUUUCUUUUUCCCUUGCACUAAUUGCAAUUUUAGGUCAGACUCGCAUAUACGAGUUUUGGUGUUAAAUUACUCUGUGCUUUUAACAGCAGGGGAUCAGCAGAAUUUUCAAAUUGAA